CGCGUCAUCAGCGACCUUCAUUCAACCUUUUGACGUCUCGUUCUGGCUCAAAAUACUGGCCACAGUCGUUCGGUUCAUUUAAACUGUGUGUGCACGCCUUCCAGUAAAGGUCGCUAGAAGCUGAAAUUGUGCUCUCGUUUUUUUGGUGAAGUAAUAUCCAAACCGCAAACCUAUCAACAUGACUACCUACUUCAACUACCCACCAAAGGAAGUCCAGGAGGAGCUGGCCGCCAUUGCCAAGGCUAUUGUUGCCCCCGGCAAGGGAAUCCUGGCCGCCGAUGAGUCGACCGCCACCUGUGGCAAGCGUUUCGCUGACAUCGGUGUCGAGAACAACGAGGACAACCGCCGCCAGUACCGUCAGCUGCUGUUCACCGCCGACGACCGUCUGCAGGAGAACAUCUCCGGCGUCAUUCUGUUCCACGAGACGCUGUACCAGAAGGGCGAUGACGGUACCUCGCUGGCCGCUCUGCUCAAGAAGAAGGGCAUCCUGGCCGGUAUCAAGGUCGACAAGGGUGUCGUCGAUCUGAUGGGUUCCGAGGGCGAGUGCACCACCCAGGGUUUGGAUGACUUGGGUGCCCGUUGCGCUCAGUACAAGAAGGACGGCUGCGACUUUGCUAAGUGGCGUUGCGUGCUGAAGAUCGGCAAGAACACCCCCAGCUACCAAGCCAUCCUGGAGAACGCCAACGUGCUGGCCCGUUAUGCUUCGGUGUGCCAAUCGCAGCGCAUCGUGCCAAUCGUUGAGCCCGAGAUCCUCCCCGACGGUGACCACGAUCUGGAGCGUUGCCAGAAGGUUACCGAGACUGUGCUGGCUGCCGUGUACAAGGCCCUCAAUGACCAUCACGUCUUCCUGGAGGGUACUCUGCUGAAGCCGAACAUGGUCACCGCUGGACAGAGCGCCGCCAAGAAGCCAUCCCCGCAAGAGGUCGCUCUGGCCACCGUUCUGGCUCUGCGCCGUACCGUGCCGGCCGCCGUUCCCGGAGUCACCUUCCUGUCCGGUGGACAGUCCGAGGAGGAGGCCUCCGUCAACUUGAACGCCAUCAACCAGGUACCGCUGCUGAGACCGUGGGCCCUGACCUUCUCGUACGGACGUGCCCUGCAGGCUUCGGUACUGCGCGCCUGGGGUGGCAAGAAGGAGAACAUCAAGGCCGCACAGGAUGAGCUCGUCAAGCGCGCCAAGGCUAAUGGAUUGGCAUGCCAAGCAAAAUACGUCGCCGGUUCGAUUCCCUCGUACGCCGCCACCGCCAGUUUGUUUGCCAACGGUGACGCUUCCUUGGGCAAGUAUGGUGGCGGUGUUGUCGGUGCCGCCGGACAGGGCAGCUUAUUCGUCGCCAACCACGCUUACUAAGCGCCCCAUCCUCCCCGCUAGACAUAAUCCCCCCUCCAGCAAUACCUCUCCUCCUCGACGGAAAAUGUGUCGUCAGGCGGGCUCGCACGUUAUGGCCGAUGUCGUUUGCAAGCAACAUAAUACGGCACACUUGACCCUUGUAACCUCAGCAUAUAUUUGUCGCAUAAUGGUAUGAAUAAUUGUUGGCACUCACAUUCUCCCUGGGGAAAAGGCUUGAUGAUGUGCUUCGUAGAGCAGAUUUAUAGAACUCAAAGAAAUCAACACAAUAAAAUCUCAUCUGUUAGAAGCUGGUAGUUGAACUCGAGAGGGCAUUGAUUGAUAAGACAGGACAAAAAUUAAUCUAAUCACAAUUAUUAUCAAACAACAAACUAUAGUAAUUUGUUGAACAUGUUGGCUAAGUGAAUGUAGAAGAGGCCGUGCUUCGUAAGUCUAAACAAUAAAAAAAAUCAAUUGCAAGUAAGAUCCAGCGUAGGGUUGAAAGCAACACCAUGCCCCGGUCAUCACUAACAUGUAAGCAAGGUUUUCGUUUUGGGCAAUAGUCAAGCUGAACAAAAAGUUUACUCAUUUUGCAAAGUCAUGUUACAAUAAACAGUUAUCACACGAAACAGGUCAAUCGACCCGAACGGCAAAUCACAAAUUUUACUAUCCAGAAUAUUCUGAAACCCAAACCAGUCAUGCGAAGGAGAAGAUUAUUAGGAUUAAAAUGUUUCGUUUUAACUUUAAUUUUACGUAUUUAAACAAAACCAAUGUUAUUACAAAAUGGACUACAGUCGGUUAUUAAACUAGACAAGGAAAUAAACUGAAGGGUAAUAUUAAAAUUGAAAA